AUGGAACGUUUGUUUCAGAAUAUGUCAAUGUUCGAUCCAACCGCUAAAGUCGAUCGCCAACCACCACCACUUCCCGAUACCAACGGUGUCGAAUAUCCGAGGGCAGCCAGUUGGGCUUCUGGUCCAUGCACUGCCGUUAUGAAAGACGAAAAAGGGUGUCAGUUAUUCCGCUGUUUCCUUUUCGAGUCAUUAGCCGAAGAGAAUCUGUCGUUUGUGGAAGCUGUCGAUAAACUGAAAAAGAUGAAGAACAGCGAUGAGAAGAAGGCAUACGCUAGAGAGAUUGUUCAGCUGUACUCGCCAUAUAUCAACCUAAGCAGUGGGGCAAUGAAGAAAAUCAAAGAUGCCGUGGAAUCGGACAACUUGGACCCGGAAGAAUUUGCACCAGCUGUCAAAGAGGUGAAACGUCUUCUGGAGAACGACCAGUUUCCACGUUUUCGUCGAUCUGAAAUCUACCUAAACUAUCUCGAGAAGCUCCUCCCAAGAGCAUACGCGGAACGUUGGGCAAAUAGUUUCGAGGCUCUUCUAGGAAACCAUGUCGGACGUCAUCACUUCCGUCUAUUUCUUCGCAGUAUUCACGCUGAAGAAAAUCUUCGAUUCUGGGAAGCAGUAGUCGAAUUCCGUGGCAUGAAAAACAAGAGCCCAGCACAGAUUACGGCCGGAAAAAGUUGUCUGAACACCUUCCUUGCCGAAGGAGCAAAUAAUGAGGUGUUUCUGCCAUUUGGAGUUCGACAAAUAAUUGAAAAAAAGAUUCAAGAGAAGGACGUCGAUAUUACACUUUUCGAUGAAGCUAUUAAGCAUGUCGAACAGGUGCUACGCAACGACCCCUAUGUACGCUUCCUGCAGAGUCCUCAGUACCUUGAUCUUCUGGCCAAGCUCAAGAAUUAG